CCUCUCCCCGCCACACUCUCCCCUCCUAUACAUCUCGACUCCCAUAAUAAUCUAGACGUCAUAACCACACCGUCAAAAUGUCGCAAACCCAUGCACUUUCCGACGACCAGGUCGCGGGCGAGCUCCGCAAGAUGACCGCCUUCAUCCGGCAAGAAGCGCUGGAGAAGGCCCGCGAGAUCCAGCUGAAAGCCGACGAGGAGUUCGCCAUCGAGAAGUCCAAGCUGGUCCGCCAGGAGACCGCCGCCAUCGACACCCUGUACGAGAAGAAGUUCAAGCAGGCCGCCAUGUCCCAGCAGAUCACCCGCUCCACCCUGGCCAACAAGACCCGGUUGCGUGUCCUCUCCGCCCGGCAGGAGCUGCUGGACGAGCUGUUCCAGCAGGCCCGGGAGCGCAUCUCCGGCGUCGCGGCCCAGGAUGCGGACAAGUACCAGACCGUGCUGAAGGGGCUGAUUCUGGAGGGUUUGUAUGCGCUGAACGAGGACAAGGUGGGUGUGGAGGCGCGCAAGGAGGACUUUGAUGCCGUCAAGAAGGCGAUUGAGGAGGCCGAGAAGGAGUUCAAGGAGGUCGUGGGUAAGGACGUCACGGUUGAGUUGGACGAGGAGGAGCCGUUGCCUGAGGGAUUGGCCGGUGGUGUCGUCGUGCUGGGUUGCCAGGGCAAGAUCGAGAUCAACAACACCUUUGAGGAGCGUCUGCGGCUGCUGGAGAUCGAAGCUCUCCCCGCCGUUAGGGAAACGCUAUUCGGAAAGAACGUCAACCGGAGAUUCUACGACUAAAUUCAAGAUAACGCGCGCCCUGUGAUUCCCUUUGCACCGCCAUUUUCCUCUUUUCUUUGCUGCGGCUCUUGUAUUUAUCUAUUGACUGCUCCUUUGUUCUGAUUUUACCCGCGGAGAACAGCAUAGCCUUGUAUACAGUUACAGUUAUUCCUCUGGUAUCUUAUCCGUAUUCCAAUUCACGCCAAACGACGGUAUUCGAUUUCGUAUGCGUUAGUCAAUGA